AUGGGGAACGAAGCUAUAGUCAAGCUCCUGCUUGCUGCUGAGGGAAUUGAUGUGAACACGAAGGACAUUGAUGGCCGGACGCCAUUGUCCUGGACAGCAACAAACGGGCACGAAGCUGUGGUCAAACUCUUACUUGCUGCUGAGGGAAUUGAUUUGAACACGAAGAGUGCUGAUGGCCAGGCAGCAUUCUCCUAUGCAGCAGGGAGCGGAGGAGUAACCGUGGUCAAGCUACUACUUGCUACCGAUGUAGUUGAUGUGAAUACGAGGGAUAAUAAAUGUGGCCAGACACCACUCUUCUGGGUAGCAUUGAUGGGGCAAGGGGCUGUUGUCAAGCUUCUUCUUGCUGACAAGAGAAUUGAUGUGAACAUGAAGAGUGCCGAUGGCUAG